AUGUCGAUACCGUCAUUUGAGUCCCUCUGCUUAAAAGACGAUGACAACUGUCCAUCCCCAACUGAUCUCGACAGCUUUGGCGAUGAGUUUGACAAAGACUUGGAAUCAGAUGGAAAUAAGAUCAACAAGGAGAUGGACACUGCUGAGGUGUACAUGCAGGCCUGCAAGCUGGUAGGUGUGGUGCCGGUCUCUUACUUUAUUCGAAACCUUGACUCUCCAGCUGUGACACUCUCCCACCAUGGGCUCGGACCUUUGGGAUGCAAGGCACUUGCUAUUGCUUUAGUGGAUAUAUCCCACAACCAUCUGAAAUCUGCUGGGGCUGACGAUAAUUAUUGUGAUCUUUUUUUUUCAUUCCCUGCAGGGAAUGGAUUUACUGAUGAUGAUGCUAAAUAUUUUGCAGAUGCUCUGUCAACCAAUUCCAGGAUAAAGGUACUGGAUCUGAGCCAUAAUGAGUUUUGUGGAAAAGGAGGGGAGCAUUUGGGACAGCUGCUGGCAAACAAUGAGGGCCUGGAGGUGCUGGACCUCAGCUGGAAUCAUCUAAGAAUGAAAGGGGCUGUGGCUUUUUGCGCUGGGUUAAAAGUGAAUAUGAUGUUAAAGCACCUUGACUUAUCGUGGAACGGUUUUGGGAACGAAGGUGCUCUGGCAAUGGGAGAAGCCCUCAAAUUCAACACCACCCUGGUGCAUCUCAACCUCAACAAUAACCGCCUGACCAAUGAAGGCGUCAGCAUGCUGUGCAGGGGUCUUGAAUUCAAUGACACACUCAGAGUCCUGACGUUGGCUUAUAACUCUUUGACAGUAGAGGGCGCACUGGCUCUAGUCAACGUGGUGAAGAACUCACCUAAAACUGCCUUGGAGGAGAUCAACAUAUGUAAUGUGCUGGUAAAUGAGCACUUUGUGCAUCUAUUGGAGGUGACGUGUCAGGAGCAUCCUGGUCUGGAUGUACAGUAUGGAGGCGUAGGAGGCUUCAUGGCUAAGAAGCCACCAAAACGUGUUGAUCCAAUGAAAGUCAUUCAGGAUUAUCUGGACCAACGGAAACUGCGGCUGUGGGAUUUCUUUCGAAACAUCGAUAAAGAUGGCAUCAUGAGAGUGUCUGUUACUGACUUCAGGAAAGCAGUUCAGCAAUCAAGCAUUCCUUUGGACCGAUACCAGAUUGAGGAGCUGAUUCAGAGACUUGAUCGGGACAGGACAGGAAUGGUGGACUACAGGGGACUGGCAGAUACAAGGAAACAAAUGAUGAGGGAUCACCGCCGCCAGCUUAGGAAAUUUGAGUCCCGUCAGAAGAAAGAGAAGCAGAAGAGUGACCGCAUUCUCAAAACCUUCCAAAGUGCUGUGGAGGCGGUGACACCUCACAGCUCCAUAGUCAUGUCUCCAGGAGGUGCCAAAGAAGACUCGAGUGGCCCGCAACACUUUUCCGCCACCCCUCUCAGCUCUUGGCACCACAUUGUCAUGUCCAACAGCAGCCGCUACUCUGUCACUAACAUGAGCAACAUCCACCUGCCCAUGUUAAGAGGCGCCACGCCUUACCGUCCCACCAGCUCCUCCGGGAUGCGUUCGUACUCCCAGCCAAACCUGUCGGCCGAUUCCCCUCGCUCUGCUCCAGACAAGUCCAUCUCUGCUCAGGGCGUUCGCUCAGAUCCAGAGAUGAGCCACAGCAAGCUAAGCCCCACUGCUAACAGCCUGACGAGAUCCAGGCCCGCUCUCAAUGUAAAGCAGUCAGAGGGUAAAAGUAAAGUCAAAGCCAAGAAAAUGAAGAAAAAGAAACCGAAGAAGAAUGCAGACGAAGCUUCAAAGAACCCUGCAGUAACGGUCAAGUGA